AGUUUCACUGUGGACACAAAAAACUGCGAAAUCCAGGAGGGACAGCGCCCAGAAUAACUGUAAACUGUGAUCCGGAGCAUCGGGGGACAUGAGGCCCGGGUCCUGGUCCUGGUCCUGGUCUCUCAAACACAGGACAUGUCCUCUGGUCUGUUAGAGCCACAGAGCCACCAUGAGUCUCCAGACCUGCUGCAGUACUGACCGUCUCUCUCUCCUCAGCAGCUCUGUUUGAUCCCAGAGAACCAACGUGCCUUGUAAGGAAGCAGGAUGUUCACAGGCUCCACCAAGCUGCCGCCCACCAAAACCCCUCAGCCCGAGAGGCUGGACGAGGUCUACGCUGCUCUACGCCGAGGCCUGCAGUCGUACCUGCAGGUCCACCAGCUGGAGCUGGACAGUCUGGGUCAGCAGACCAGAGAGAACAAGAGGAACGGCCGUCUGGGCUCUCUGUACGAGCUCGACAAGCAAGUAAAAGCCAUCGAGAGGUUUAUGAGACGUCUGGAGUUCCACCUCAGCAAGGUGGAGGAGCUGUAUGAUGCGUACUGUAUCCAGCGGCGGCUGCGUGACGGAGCCAGUAAGAUGGUUGCAGCCUUUAACUCGGCCAGCGGCAGCAGAGAAGCUCGGGAGAGUCUGAGUGAAGCUAACAAAGGCUACAGAGAAUGUACCGAGCACAUGUGUUCUCUGGAGAGUGAGUUGGAGAGUCAGAUGGGAGAGUUUCAUGUGAAGAUGAAGGGACUCGCUGGCUUCGCACGGCUGUGUGCUGGUGACCAGUACGAGGUCCUGAUGCGUUACGGCCGGCAGCGCUGGAGGCUGCGUGGUCGGGUGGAGGUCAGCAACAAGCAGCUGUGGGACGGAGAAGAGAACGUCUUCCUGCCUCUGGUCACUGAGCUGCUGUCAAUCAAGGUGACGGAGCUGAAGAGCCUGGCCAAUCACGUGGUGGUGGGCAGCGUGUCCUGUGAGAUGCUGGACCUGUUCUGCCCGCUGCCCCAGACGCUCGCCGUGGACAUCAACGACCUCGGGACAGUGAAGCUCAACCUGGAGGUCACCUGGAGUCCGUUCGAUAAGGACGACCAGACGUGCUCCACCAGUACCGUCUCCAAACGGCUGCUGUCCAAUCAGAGCCCUCCGGACACGCCCUCCAUGCGGGAACAGGUCUUCUAUUCUCUGCUGAAGCGUCAGGGCGAGCUGGAGAACGGGACGGUCUGGUCCAACUCCUCCGAGUCCUCCGACGACUCGUCCAGUCCGGCGUUAGCUCACCACGCCCAGCGGCUGGCGGCCUCCAACCUGCCGCCGCCGCUCAGCGCCCCGCACAAGUCCAGCGCCUCCACGCCGUCGCUGUCCUCCAACCAGGAGGAGGACGAGACCGAAGCCGGGGAGGUCUUCAGCCAGCCGGACACCGUGCCCAACGGACACCUGCAGACCUCCGACGGCCCCGACUGUCCCGCCGCCGACAGGGCGUCCGUCCAAUCGGCCGACAGAGCGUCCAUCCAAUCAGCCGACCUCUCUGGUCCCUCAGCAGACCGGAGCGCCUCCUCUGCUCCUCCUGAGGAGACGCAGGACUCGUCUCAGAGUGGCGUCCAACCAGCUUGUGUCUCAGCGGCCGAGGUCAAAGACUCGGAGGACUCGUCGGCGUCGGCGGGACGAACUGAAGCAGAGACGAAGGACGAGACGACUGGAGAGAGACAGGAAGACGCCUCAGAGACACUCAGAGAGACAGGCAGAGAGACAGACAGAGAGACAGACAGGGAGACAGACAGAGAGACAGACAGAGAGACACUCCAGACCGUCCAGGAGACAAAACCAACAACGGUUCCGUUCCCGUCCUCUUCCAGUUUUAAUCUGGAGGUGGAGACGGCCCUCGAGAGCUUUGACUUCCUGAACUGCUCCGACCUCGAGGAGGACGAGGAGGAGGAGCAGCAGGGAGAGGAAGGAGCAAAGGAGAAGGAGGAGGAGGUGCAGGAGGAGAAGGACGAGGAGAAGAAAGAGGAGGAGAAGGACGAGGAGAAAGAGAAAGAGAAAGAGGAGAAAGAAAAUAAGGAAGAGAAAGAGGAGGAGAAGGAGAAGGAGGAUGGGGAACAUGAAGAGAACCAAAUCACAGUGGAGGAGGAGGAGAAGGAGGAGGAGAAGUUUUACUCUGGAGGAAGCGAUGAAGACGAGGAGGCGGACGGUCUGAACAUCCUGAUGGAAGCUCCAGAAGGAUUCAGGAACUCAGAUGAAGAUCGUUUCUCUGAAUCUCGGGAGUCCAGUGUGGCUGACGUUCAGGAUUUGUGUCAGAUGGAAAUGCCCGAGGAGGAGCAGGAGGAGAAGGAGGAGAAGGGGGAGCAGGAGGAGCAUGAGGAGCAGGAGGAGAAGGGGGAGGAGCACGGUGAGAGGAGUUUAAUUCAUGUUGUUUGAGACAAAGAUCAGCUCGUGUUUUGUUAGUUUUCUAAUUCUGUUGUUUUCUUUUGUACAUUUUUGAGUUAUAAUAUUUGAAGUUAGACUAUCGAGUGAACUUAUGACACUUAAUAGGUUCAUAUUUUAACACAUUUAAAUUUAAGAAUGUUAAUAUGUUUUAUUCUGUUUCUUGUUUAAUAAUUGCGUACUGUCGCUUUAAGAGAGCGCACCGUCAUGCAUUCUGCUUUGUCAAAACUUAAGAACUUUCUAACUGAGAGCCAAAUAAUCUGAGGAGUCUCACCGUCUCCUGUUUGUGAUGUUUCAGGAGAGCAGAAGUCCCUCGCUGAUGAGGAGGAGAAGGAGCAGGAGGAGCAGGAGAAGGAGCAGAAGGAGGAGAAGGAGCAGAAGGAGGAGCAGGAGGAGGAGGCCACCACUGUCUCCUAACGCCACCAGAGGAACGUCACUAAACCAUUCCUCCCACUCUGACCUGCUCCACCUCCUCCCUGCUCCUCCAUGUUCCUCCUCCCUGCUCCUCCUGUCAGACGUCUGGAGGAGGUUCCACUAACUGCUCAGACAAACAGACUCCUCCUCUCCGGCUGAGAGUUUGUGCACAUAUCUGCCUUCUUCUGUUCUGACGGAGAACGAUAAACCUCCAGGUUCCUCCUCCUCCUCCUCCUGCUCCUCCUCCUGCUCCUCCUCCUGCUCCUGCUCCUCCUCCCCGGGACAGACAGACACCUCCCUCUGUCCUCCUCCUGUUGCCUGGUUACAGUGGGACUCCACAUCGUUUACACUUUCAUCAAACUGUUCCUGUCAUGUGAAAAGUUUUCAUGUCCAAAACAUUUCAGGAGCAGCAGAAAGAAAGCGGCCUUGUUUCAGUGCUUUUUUUUUUUUUUUAGUAAUCUAAUAAUUUUUUUAAUGGUUUUAUAAGUUCAAGUUGAUGGAUUUGUUUUAAGCUACAGAGACGCAAACAAUCACUGACUGAGUUGCAUCACAAGGUUUUCUAAACUAUCAGUAUUUGUGGAUUUGAGAGAAAAAAACACAAAAAAACGCCACUUUUAAUGAUCAGUGUUAAUCAGUUCAGAGCUGUUAGACUGUCAGAGGUUCAUCAUGUUUGUCUGCAGAUUUGAUCAUCAUCAACAGGAAACAACAACAACAACAACAACAACAACAGGAGCUUUCUCAUUUUUAGGCGUAAGAGACGGUGAAACCAUAGAGAUCUAUGAGAACGGCUAUAUGGCUCCAGUGUCGCCCACUAAAAUCAUCAUAUUUUAAGGUGCAUGUAGCAUUUAAAUAAUCAUAGUUUUAUUAAUUUUGAACAGAUUUUCAAACAGUUUGGUUUGUUAUAAACCUCAGAG